AUGCAGAGGCGUGUGUCGUGUACGGCGCGCAAUGCUGUCCAUCAUGUUUGCAGAAGUUUAACAACAUGCAUCGCACAACGUAAAUGCAUUCAGUGGUUCAGCGGCGAGGUUAUCUUCAGCAUCAGUGCGACCGUGAUCCUGUCUGUGCCCCGCUUCGCCACCACCACAUCAUUGCACGGCAGCAUUGAGGUGAUUUGUUCGGCCUUCUUCGUCUUCGAAUACGUUUUGCGGCUUUGCGCCUCAAGACGUCCCCUGGUCUAUGCAUUCUCUUGCCUCGGUGUCGUGGAUCUGGUCGUUGCAGCAGGGAGCCUGCCAACUCUCAUCAUUCGGCUUACAGAGCUGGUCCAAGGACGCGGUCACGUGCACUUUUUCCAUCCGCUCCUACCUCUUCGGAUGCUUCGGCUCCUGAAGCUGAUGUACUAUUUGCCAGAAUGCCGGCAGCUUUGCAUCGCCUUGAAAGGCGUCGCGAGGUUCAUCAUGGUUUUCCUGCUGGGAGUUCUGGUGAUCGUCUUGAUGCUGGGUAGCUGCUUGUAUGUAGCCGAAGAUGGCCACGAAGGCUUCGAAUCCAUUCCUGCGGGGAUGUGGUGGGCCACGGUAACAAUCACGACCGUGGGCUAUGGAGAUGCAGUCCCACAGACCGUGUUGGGCAAGAUGUUCGCCUCAUUGUCAAUGCUGAUCCGCGGCGUUUGUUGA